CAGCUGAUCGAUCUGUAUACUUGUCAAAAAGUGUUUUGUUUUGUAACAAUCACAAUGGUGGACUUAACCACAAAAACUUGAAAUUUGCAAAAAACCUAAUUGUUACAACUCGAAUAAAACAGUGUGAUGUAAUAAAAACUUGACAAUGUUGUUGUCUUGCGUUACCGCUUUGAUGCUAUUAACGUCGACUACCAAAGGGGCAGAGUUCCUUAGCGUCACUCAAGGUCUCCUCGAAUGUCCCGAUUUCGGCGAAAUCUUAAAUGGUUUUACAAAUAUAACACAGGAAGAACCUCGAAUCGUCACAGUUGAAUGUUUCAAAGGGUUUUAUCUUGAAGGGUUCAAAAUGUUUAGUUGCAACGACGGGAAAUGGGACCAAGAGCAACGCCCCAAAUGUAACAAGAUGUGUUAUCCGCCCCCUUCUAUCGACAAGGGGUCUUUAAUAAUGGAAGAUCUUCACCAGGAUGGGAUGUAUCGCAAAGGGGCUUUAGCGACUUACUCCUGUUGGGAAGGCUUCCAAUUAACGCCAAAAGAGAGCAAAUACAGAGUCUGUGAGAAGGGUAUUUGGACGGGGGCAAACGCCACGUGUGAACCAGUCAGUUGUCCACAACCCAAGGACGUCGCAAAUGGGUAUUUUGUGCAGGAAAAAGGGGGCGAAUUUCAAAUGAAUCAAGUGGGCCAAAGGCUGCACUACAGUUGCAACUCUGGAUAUGUUUUGGUAGGAACGACUGUACAACAGUGUCUCGACGAUGGAACUUGGUCGCCGAAAAUACCACCCGUUUGUUCAUUACAAACUGCAGAGGACCCGACCGAUCUUCCUUGCCCCGCCGCCCCUCCCGUCCUGCACAGCUCCACCACCGUGAUCCAAGGCUACCAAUCCAAAACCCUCGCCUUGGCGGGAACCGUCAUCCAAAUCCACUGCAGCCGGAAGUACAAAAACGCGAGGGCCCCAUGCCAGCCGGGAAAAUUACGUUGCGUGGGAGGACGAUGGGUGGGAAUUAAGCCCAUCUGUGUGCAGGCUUACGGCUGCGACCCACCUCCCGGGGUGUUAUUCGCCGACAUUUACAACCUCAGUCAGGAACUUCAUGAUGUCUCUUUUACGAACAAAUAUCCGAUCAAAUCGCAAAUUACGUAUCAGUGUCUCCCGGGGUAUACACUGCAAGGAGAUGAGGUGUUCUCUUGUUCACAGGGGGGUUGUUGGCUUCCGGCUGAGCCACCCACUUGUUAUCGCACCCCGACUAAUAAUUAUUUCUUGGAAGUGAAUAGUGUUAAUGCAAUACUGAUUUCGGGAGCGACAGGGGCCGGAGUUUUGGGUUUGUUGCUUGUGAUUUGCUUGAUUACGGUUUGUCGACGAAGGAAGCCUUUAAGUAGGUCCGUUCCGAUUGCUCCUCCGGUUACGAGACCGGAUUUGGGCGAUCAUGCAACUCUACUACACCAUCCCGAUCGUUUGGCUUUGAUUCCUUUCGCCGAUGGCAUGCAGAAUGAACAGGCUUGUUUGCCGAGUUAUGACGAAGCGACGCGUGAUCGCGCCCCCAAUGCGACGUCCAACAGGUUACACCGUCCCCAUUGGCCGAAUCUGGGAGGUCGUAGGUCACGAACGGCGUCGACUAAUCCCGGAGAUAUAGUUCACGUCACCCGUCACGGUUCCUUCGCCUCGCAUACGCCUAGUAUGGGCUCCACGGACACGGUGGCCGUCUCCGAGGGCUCCACCAAUGUCACUCUUGACACAGUCUCCUCUUAUAGCGGCUCCCAGCCGGCUUCUUGCAGAGUCCACUGCGGCAGUUUGGCCUCUUUCGACACGAGUUCGGUCCUCAAUACCGAAGGUGUGCCGUUAUUAGAAGAGAGUGAAUUCGAGGAGAUCCAAGGAGGAGAUAAUUUAUCGGCCAUUGUGGAUAAUCCCUCCAUUUCAGAUAACGCCUCCUUUAAAUUAUCCACGAAUUCGGCCGAAUUCGUCUAGAUUUUUUCCCAGAGAUUUUUUAGGUACCUGGAGCGUAUUAUUGUACAGACUAACAAUCUAAUUUUAUUUUAUUCAAAAGUAGGAAAAGUUAUUAUCGUACUGUAUAUAAUGAAUGACCAAAGUUAUUAUAAGCUUAUUAUGAUAAUUUGAUACUUACGCUCGAAAUAUUGGAUUGUUACAAGUGUAAGUGUUGUGAUAUUACAUUUAGUUUGUUUUUGUAAAACGUAUCAAUAAAAAAUUAUUUAAAUUGG